AUGUCGUUAUUGUCGUUAAGGUCCAGGUCACGAUCUGGCGCCCCUCAUUGGCUGUACAUGUUCCUGUAUCACAUCUUCACCAUUCCCAAGAUAUACUCGCUCCCGUUGGUCUCUAGGUCGCACGGGUUUGGUACAAGAGACGCUGUCGACUCCGGCCCUAGCCCCGGCGGCGAGGCUGGCGUGACCACGUACUACAUCAUCUCUGUCAUCCUGGUUUUGCUGGGUGGGGUGUUUGCCGGGCUGACGCUGGCGCUGAUGGGCCAGGACGAAGUGUACCUGAAAGUCAUCAGCACGUCCGGCUCGCACUCGGAGAAGAAGCUGGCCAACCGGGUGCUCAACCUGAUAUCGAAGGGCAAGCACUGGGUCCUGGUCACGCUGCUUCUCUCUAACGUCAUCACCAAUGAAACCCUGCCUAUUGUUCUGGACAGGUGUCUUGGGGGUGGCUGGCAAGCUGUCUUCCUGUCCACGAUUCUGAUUGUCAUUUUUGGUGAGAUCAUCCCACAGAGUGUCUGUGUCAAGUACGGGCUGCAAGUCGGCGCCUUCUUCUGUCCCUUCGUUCUCGUCCUGAUGUACGCGAUGUAUCCAGUCGCGUACCCGAUUGCCACCUUGCUGGACUACAUGCUAGGUGAGGACCAUGGUACCAUGUACAAAAAGUCCGGGUUGAAAACUUUGGUCACUUUGCACAGAACCAUGGGUGUGGAACGGUUGACCCAGGACGAAGUCACCAUCAUCUCUGCUGUUUUGGACCUGAAGGAAAAAAAAGUCGAGGAAAUCAUGACCCCGAUUGAAAACGUCUUCACGAUGAGUGCUGACACCAUCCUGGACGACACAACUGUCGAAAAGAUCUUCAACUCGGGCUUUUCCAGAAUCCCGAUUUUCUUGCCCAAUGAACCAAACAACUUCAUCGGAAUGCUACUGGUCCGCGUCCUUAUCUCCUACGACCCUGAUGAUUGUCUGCCCAUCUCCCAUUUCCCCCUGGCCACAUUGCCCGAAACGUCUCCAAAGACAUCUUGCCUGAAUAUUUUGAACUAUUUCCAGGAGGGAAAAGCCCACAUGUGUGUCGUUAGCAAAGAACCAGGUUCCUCUCAUGGCGCCAUUGGUGUUUUGACUUUGGAAGAUGUCAUCGAGGAAUUGAUCGGCGAAGAAAUUGUAGACGAGUCCGAUGUCUUUGUGGACAUGCAUCAGCACAUCAUGAGGCAACAACCGGGCCCCUUAAGCAAAAGACACAUCACCUCUUAUUUGCAUCAUUUGUACACCAACUCUCAUAAGGACCAUCGCAAUGCUGACCAGAUAGACGAGUCUUCCCCUCUUUUAUCUCCAUCUACUUCCAACCACCCAACUGAACACCAACAAUUGUCUUCGGACAAUAGUAAACCUGGGAAUCGAAAGGUACUCAAUGGCGAUGUAGAUAAGCCCAAUCCAGCCCUGAAUGCCACGUCAAGAUUGGCUUUAUCAUCCCCGACCCCACAACCAACGGAACAUAGCGUCAUCAUACCUUCGAACCUAGCGUCCAAUCCGCUGAAUAUCAAUAAAUCCUUCGUCACCAUCAAAAAGCCUUCCAAUGUUCCGACCAUUAUCACCACCCUAACUCCCCGCCCCAGCAAAGAACAGAACACACCACCUCUCUCCAGCGAUAAGUCACUCUCCACCGAAGAAAACCAACUGUUAAGUGAACAUGCCGAACUAUCUCGUCAAGCUAUCCUCCAUACUCAAAAGUCAGGCGAACCAACCAGAGUCACCACGUCGACAAACACUACGAGAAACAGUCCCGAUAGCAUAACAAUUCCGAAUUCGAAUUCGGGUGCAGACCAUCUCAACGAAAACCAAAACGUAACGAUCUCGUCCUCUUACCAAAACACUAAAAACGGUAUUGUGGAAUCAGUGAUCACAGUUAAGGGUGUUCCGAAGACAAUCAUUGGUCCCGCUAAGGACUGGGACGAAUCUAGAAGCGAACACGAUAAUUACCGUUCUGAUCGAGAAAAUUCAAACUUGACUGAUGACAGAGACAGUUCAAGUUCAGAAACGAGUUUAUUUUCCAGUAUUAAGAAUAAAUUCAAGAACGAGAAUAACAACAACGACCGUUCCAAUUACGUGAGUUCAAGAGGUUCCAAUUUCGAAGCUAACGGAUCUUCGUCUGCCAUGAAAAGGUAA